UCUUUGAUUUCGUAACCCAGUGGAUUUCCAAGGCCAUUGCUGGAUUUGAGCCCAAAAUCAUUUGAAAAAAAACCAUGGAUGCCGCUUUUGGGAGAUCAUUGUCUCCAACUUUCAUCGCAUCCAAUGUCAUCCCUGAUGUUGAACUGACGGGAUAUGUUGGAGCAAACCCAAAACUCCAGGUUGCAGCUUCCAAGAAGCUUGUUGCAGGCCUUUUGGCUGUGGAGUCUGGCCAAGCAGCAGUCAUCCGAGGACGGUUAUACGAGUAUGCCUUUACCAGGUUGCACCCAUACGGGAUAGCUGUGUCAGAGUUCACAAAUCGCAUUUCAGAUCCAAGGAACAAGCUUGGGCAUGAAGGUAUAGAAGAUGAAUACCUUGUAGUUCCGAAAAAGUUGGGAGCAGAGGAUCAAAUUGGAGGCAAUGUUCUUGCUGGAGAUGAGUACUCAGUGGAAUAUACAAGGACAGCUGAAGAGAUACUGAGAGUUGGGUAUUGUUGUGGUAAUGAAAGUAUUACAGGAGGGUUCUACCCAAAGGGAGCUGAUGGUCGAAUUGCUAAAUCCCAUCUAUAACAUUGCUAAAGCUUGCUAGCAGAAAUAAUAGCGAGUAAUUCUGUAUUUUCAGCUCUAAUUCAAUGUCCAGCUUUCAAUUUCUUGUUAUCACCAUAAUAAAAUUAACUUUAAUUGAAAAUAUAUUUGUAUUUUUUAUUUCCUUUCUGUGUGUGUGGGUGUCU